UUGACCACCGACCCCUGACACUGUGGCUCAUCCCCUUUCUUAAAACCAUCUGAUGGCUCUCUACCUGCUCUCUACAAUCUUUCUACAAUCCUACAUUCCCUUAUCAGCACUGCCAGCUGCAAUGCACUCACCAUGUAAUCUGAAAAGCGGCGGAUUAUGAAGACCUUUACCACCCCUGCCUGGCCCAUCAUUCGUUCUCUCUCUCUCUCCAUUUCUGUCCUCAUCCCUCCAUCCCUUCCUAUUUUGUACUGUGCCAGAACAUUCACUUGCAGUGCGAUUAAAGUCGGUCACAAGGCAAAAUGAGGAUGUGAAAUAACAUGGCAAAAGAAACAAAGGGGAGGAAAGAACAUGCAGUGAGAGAGAAAACAGACAACAGAUGCAAGAUUCGAGAGCAUCAGGAUUAGAGCGCUCAGAAAAUCCUGGAAAUACCGUUUCUGGCUGAGGGAACAGGUCUCACUGAUCUCAAAGCAUGACGUGACUGUUUUUAGUGGUUUUAACAUCACUACCCAUCACCUCUUGUUUAAGCAACUCCGCCCUCCUCUUGGGAUAUUCUGACGACGGGGAUCGUAUGUCGCAAAGUUUAUGUAAUAAUCUGAGGACAGGAACCAAGAGAGAGUGAUAAAGAGGGAGGGGGAGAGACAGAGACAGAGGGAGGGACAGAGAUGACAAGAAAGAGUUGGAGCAGUGAGAAUUAGAGAAAUACAAAUGAUGGGAGCAAAACCAUCUAAAAGAAGCAGUAUGAAGAAGGGGAGCCCGCCCCUGGAAGGCAGCGGGCUGCCAUUGGCAACCGCCAUGUUAGGAGGCAGCGGUGAUGCGGCAGCGGAGGAUGAAGAUGAUGAAGAGUUAGGGGACGGUCAGCAGUUUGAGGAGCCGAUAAGUGCACUGGUUCAGAACUGUACCAUGCUACACAACAUUGUGGGCCCCGCCUGCAUCUUCCUCCGACAGAGCUUCGCUCAGGCUCAACUCGACAGAGAUCUACGGCCAGAGGAAAUUGAAGAGCUGAAAGAAGCCUUUAGAGAGUUUGACAAAGAUAAGGACGGCUUCAUUAGCUGUAAGGAUCUGGGUGAAUGCAUGAGGACGAUGGGCUACAUGCCCACAGAGAUGGAGCUGAUUGAACUCAGUCAGCAAAUCUGUGGCGGUAGAGUGGACUUCGAGGACUUUGUAGACCUGAUGGGCCCAAAGAUGUUGGCUGAGACUGCAGACAUGAUCGGAGUGAAAGAACUGAGAGAUGCUUUUAGAGAGUUUGAUUCCAAUGGUGAUGGUCAGAUCAGUCUGGCUGAACUGAGGGAAGCCAUGAAAAAACUGAUGGGAGAGCAGCUCAACCACAGAGAGAUUGAUGAGAUCCUCAGGGAUGUUGACCUCAACGGAGACGGGCUGGUUGACUUUGAAGAGUUUGUCCGAAUGAUGUCUCGCUAACUUAGAGGACACAUGACAAAGGGAGAGAACAAUCAGUUUGCCAACUUCUAAUGUGAAAAGUGAAAUACUAUGCGUCUCCUUUAAUUAAAUACCUUAUGUAAUUAAAC